CCGGGAAGCGAAAGUGCCGGGAAAGGGAAGUUCGGAGCGCGGCACGGCCAUGGCCGCGGCUCCAUCGGAUCCUGUUCCCRGCUCCGGCUCCAGCCCCGUCCCGCCGCUGGAUCUGCACGCCGUGCCCAUGGUAGCGCUGAACUACGGGGUCCGCCGCCGCCUCGGGCUCUACCUCAACCCGCGGGCGGCCGCGGCCGCGGACUGGACGGCGCUGGCCGAGGCGCUGGGAUGCAGCUUCCUGGAGAUCCGGCGGCUGGAGGGACUGCCCGACCCCACGGCCACGCUGCUGGAGGAAUGGCCGGGACGCUGCCCCGGCGGGGCCACUGUGGGGCAGCUCCUCGAUGUGCUGCGCCGCUUGGGUCGCGACGAUGUYCUGACGGACCUGGCCGGCAGCGUGGAGGAGGACUGUAAGAAGUACUUGCAGAGGAAGCAGGAAGAGGCCAACCAGCCUCUCCAAGUGCCAGCAGUGGACAGCAGCGUGCCGAAGACGUUGGAACUGAUGGGCAUCACCAUCAGGGAUGAUCCAUAUGGGAGCGGAACAGAGAUAUUUGAUGCCUUCAUCUGCUACUGUCAGAAAGACCUUCAGUUUGUCCAGGAGAUGAUCAGGGAGCUGGAGCAAACACAGUUCAAACUGAAGCUCUGUGUAUUUGAUCGGGAUGUCUUGCCAGGAACCUGUGUGUGGUCCAUCAGCGGAGAACUUAUAGAGAGGAGGUGUCGGAGGAUGGUGGUUGUCGUUUCAGAUGACUACCUGGAAAGCGAUGAAUGUGAUUUCCAAACCAAAUUUGCUCUUAGUCUUUCCCCGGGUGCUCGUCACAAACGGCUGAUUCCAGUCAAGUACAAAUCCAUGAAGAAUGAGUUUCCAAGUAUCUUACGGUUCAUUACGAUUUGUGACUACACCAAUCCUUGCACUAAAAAAUGGUUCUGGACGAGACUGGCAAAAUCCCUCAUGCUGCCCUGAUGCAAAGUCCUGAGAGCUGGGAACUCUUGUAAGCUGUCCUGGCAGUGCCUUCGGGCCAGGGGUGUCAUUGACACAGGGUCUUCCACCACUUCAGAACCUGGAUCCUUGCAAUCCAUGCUUGGAGCCUGCAACUGGGAACAAAGAACUUUUUCCAGCACUUCUUUGCAACUCAGAGGGGAAAUAAAGCAACUGUGUUGGUGUUCUGGGUCAAGUCAUUGAGCAGCAGCAUCCAGCAUUUGUGGAGUAAGCCCUUCCACUAAAAAUACUGAAAAUACAUAGUUAAAGAGAUUUCCUGUCUGAUCCAGGAAGCAUUAGCAAGUAUCUGUUGUAAGCAUUCACAAGGCCUCAGAGCCUCAAACUUCAGGCUUUGUCUAUGUUUUAAAAGCUACAGUAACAUGGAGGCUUGGUGGGAAUUUUACCAUGUUGGACAGGUCUGUCUAUUCAGGUCACAUUUGAUUCAGUGACUUUAUACUAGCAUUGAAUAUUCCUUGAUAUUACUAAAUUUUUACUUUCCCUUCAGGAGAAAUUCAGUCUUAUAAAAUGUCUUUUCAGUGACAGUCCUUACUACACAAAGCAGGAGCUGCUGUUGCUCAUUGACUUGACCAAGAUCUGCACCUGAGUGGGUCCAGAUCUAAAUCCUUUCACCUUUAAAARCCUUCCAAAACACAGCAGCUUUUGGGAUGCCUCAAAGGCACAGGGCUAAACACUGAAUAAGGAGUACAUUAAAUUGACAUUUGGGCUAUUUAAAAUAUGAAGGCAAAUGUUACAUUAAUAGGAAAGAGACUMAUUUAAUUAACUGCCACAAUAAUUACUGUAUUUCUGUGGCUAAGGCUUGCAGCAAUGUCGAGACUGCUCUGCUUGUUAGACUUGGCCUUGAAUCCUGCCCRUGACUAGAGUGGAUCUCAUCAGUGCUCCAGGGUGGAGGUCAGGAGUUCUGCCCAAAGGAGUGUUUAAAGCGAUCCAUYGGUGUAUUAAACAGAUUUACAGUAAAUAUUUACUUUUUAAAUUGGGGAAGAGA